GUGACCACUAACUAUGGCUUCCUUCUCGUAUUGAUGCAGACGCACAGCUAACAUGACAACAUAGCUGUCACGAUUUCUACGCUCCUUGAAUACGUCCCAGCGCUAAAAUGCAGAAGAUAAAAUCUCUCAUGACUCGCCAGGGUCUAAAAAGCCCUCAGGAGAGCAUAACAGACCUCAGUCCUGUGGAGAACUUGAGGAUCCCAAGCGAGGAGGAGUUGCGGGAACUAAGGGAGCAACCCGUUGACCCCCAGGCCGAGCAGGAGAUCAUCGACGGUAUUGAGGAAGUCUACUUCUCAGAUGACUCUUUUGACAUGGUGCAGCAUGAACUCGAGAAACUCCCGACUGAGUUGAAGCUGCUGGAGUUGGAAGAGUGCCGAGACAAACUGAAGAGACAACAGGCAGCUGUUUCUAGAAAGGUUGCAGAUCUCAUUUUGGAAAAACAGCCUGCUUAUGUCAAGGAACUGGAGAGAGUGACGGCGUUGCAGACCAACCUACAACUAGCCGCUGUCAUUUGCACUAAUGCAAGAAGGCAACUGAGUGUGUCAAAAGAGGGAUUCACAGAAGCAUGCUUGGGAUUAUUAGCCAAUCAGAGAAAGCGGCAGCUCCUAACAGGCCUGCUCAAGUCUCUAAGGACCAUCAAGACGCUGCAAAGAACAGAUGUACGACUCAGCGAAAUGCUCGAGGAGGAAGACUAUCCCGGUGCUAUUCAACUUUGUCUGGAAUGUCAGAAGGCUGCCAGCACAUUCAAACACUAUAGCUGCAUCAGUGAAUUGAAUUCCAAACUUCAAGACACUCUGGAGCAAAUAGAGGAGCAGCUUGACGUUGCCCUGUCAAAGACUUGCAAACACUUUGAUGUUUCACACUAUACUAAGGUCCAGCUGGCCUACACGCUGCUGGGGAAGACCCAGACUGCCAUGGACCAGCUGCACAUGCACUUCACCCAAGCAAUUCACAACACAGUCUUCCAAGUGGUGCUGGGAUACGUCGAGCUCUGUGCUGGCAACGCCGAUACCAAGUUUCAGAAAAUGCAAUAUAAAGAUCUAUGUACGCAUAUCACACUGGACAGCUACAUUCCGUGUUUGACUGAUUUAUGCAAAGCAUUAUGGGAGGUGAUGCUGAGCUACCACCGCACCAUGCGCUGGCACGAAGAGCACGACAAGCAGGCGACUACGCCCACUCCAGAGGAUGCGACGCAAGCAGAAUCAGAUGAGUUGGUGAUAGACCGCGGCUACGUAAAGAAGAAGCUGGAGCACGGACUGACACGGAUCUGGCAGGAUGUCCAGUUAAAAGUGAAAGCCUACAUCCUGGGGACUGACAUGUCCAACUUUAAAUAUGAUGACUUCAUUGUGGUAUUGGAUGUCAUCAGCAGGCUGAUGCAGGUGGGUGAGGAAUUCUGUAACAGCAAGUCUGAGGUUCUGCAAGAGUCCAUUAAACGCCAAAGUGUCAACUACUUUAAAAACUAUCAUAGGGCACGGCUGGAGGAGCUGCGGAUGUUUCUGGAAAAUGAAACAUGGGAACUUUGCCCUGUCAAGUCGAACUUUAAUAUUUCACAGUUACAUGAGUUCAAGUUCAUGGACCAGUGUCGCUCCCCUUCGCUUUCCCCAAGCAGAAAGGACGAGUCCACCGCCAACCUUAUCCAAGAGGAGCUGUCAUUAUUCCAGCAAUAUCUGCAAGAGGGAAACCCCUUUGAGAUGCAUAUUGAGCAGAAAGAGGAAGAAACAGAGGAUGUGCUGGCAUCUGGGUACGAAUCUGACGAGCUGGAGAAGAGCGCUUAUCAGGACUACGACAGCGACAGCGACGUCCCCGAGGAGCUCAAGCAGGACUACGUGGACGAGCAGACGGGAGACGUCCCUCUUAAGAGUGUGUCUCGGGAGACUAUAAGAAGCAAGAAGCGGUCAGAUUACAACCUGAAUAAGACCAACGCCCCAAUCCUCACCAAUACAACUCUCAACGUCAUCCGGCUUGUCGGCAAAUACAUGCAGAUGAUGAGCAUUUUGAAGCCAAUAGCCUUCGAUGUCAUCCACUGCGUGUCGCAGCUUUUCGACUACUACCUCUACGCUGUUUACGCCUUCUUUGGAAGAAAUGACAUGUCUGUUCCAAGCCCAUCUUUGCCCACUCACAGUGGCAGAGAGUCGGGUACGGCCCGGCUGGUGGGCCCGGCUUGUUUGUAUGAAUCAUCAGGUCUGGGCCUUAUCAGCAGUAGACUGCGAACCACACUGAACCGGAUCCAGGAGAGCCUCAUUGACAUGGAGGCUAGCAAUGAAAAUGCAGGUAUGCACGGUCCUUCAGAAGACAAGAAGGAGAAAGUGCCGAGCCCCCACCUCAGCCAAAUGGUGGUCCUCACCAACAGUGGUACUCUUUAUGGGCUGGCACAGAGAGUGGUUGCCACGGAGUCUCUUGUGUUUUUGGCUGAGCAGUUUGAGUCGCUUCAGUCCCAUUUGGACACAAUGAUGCCUGCUGCCAAGAAACCCUUUUUGCAGCAAUUCUAUUCCCAGACUGUGUCUACAGCCAGUGAACUGCGGAAGCCCAUCUACUGGAUCGUGGCAGCCAAAGCCAUCGACUACGAGCAGAUGUUGCUCCUGAUGUCGGGCGUCAAAUGGGACAUUCGAGAGAUCAUGUCCCAGCAUAACAUAUAUGUGGAUGUCCUACUAAAGGAGUUUGAGAUGUUCAACGAGCGGCUUGCGGACGUCUCCAAACACGUGCGCAUCCCACUGCCUGUGUCCAAUGUCCUGUGGGAGCACUGCAUUCGCUUGGCCAACAGGACUCUUGUAGAAGGAUAUGCCAACGUGAAGAAAUGUAGCAACGAGGGCCGAGCGCUGAUGCAGCUGGACUUCCAACAAUUCUUGAUGAAGUUGGAGAAGCUGACUGACCUCCGGCCCAUUCCCGAUAAGGAGUUUGUGGAGACCUAUAUCAAGGCCUACUAUCUAACAGAGAACGAUAUGGAGCAGUUCAUCAAGAACCACAGGGAGUACUCCAUGAAGCAGCUAGCAAAUCUUGUCAACGUUUGUCUGGGCUCACACAUAAACAAGAAGGCCCGCCAGAAACUUCUGGCCGCCAUCGAUGACAUUGACAGACCCAAGAGAUAGAGCAUCUCCAAGUCUAGCAAGCAGCUGGAUAAGAUGUAAACACAAACAGUCAAACAAUUUUAAUCCUAUCCUACUAACCAAAUGCUCUGUGCUAUGGAUGUAAUAAGAGAAAUUUUAUUUCGGUACCACAAGCCUCAUUAACCUCAUUGUUUUUUGUCAUGUCACCUUCCUGCAGUUGUUGUCUUUCUUCCAAUUAACUCCGAGGAUAACUGGAAUUAACCAUGUAAAAAGUAAGGUGAGAAAUGAGUCUCCAUUCAAAAACCCACAUGAAGUGCUCACAUGUAUUUUUUAGAUGAUCAUUUAUUAUUUAUGCACUCCCCUUGUUUAGAAAAUACACCGUAUGUAGAUGUCGAGUGGCUUCUGCUUGCCUUUUUGUUUGUUUUGAAGAAUAUUUUUUAAUGUAAUGUACAGUUAGAUUGUAUGUGCACCACUUGGAAAUGACUAUUUACUAUCAUGUGCGACUGACUUUUUUUUUUAAUUGUGCAGGAGUUAUAUUAUUCAUUUGCCAGGCUGGAUCUAUUGUAAAAAAACAAAAACAAUCUAUAAAUGUACGUAUUCCUGAUCAUGAUUCCUAAUCGGAGAAAAAUAUUACACACGAAUGUUCUGAACAAUGUCUGUAUUUAUUUUCUGCUCUGUUUUGUUUUGUAUAACCACAGUUUAUGUGUUGUGCUUGAAGUGCUCUCAUCAUGUAAAUCAUCAAAUGAAACAAAUACUUCACAGUAAAUAUGUUAGCGCCGCAUUCACGGUUAACUACUAUAAUAAAUAACAAUAGUAAUUCACUUGUGCAGUACUGAAUUGUUGCGCUUGUAUUAUUUUAAUGACAAAACUAGAUUACAGGAUUCAUGAAGAACCUUUUGUGUGUACACUAUCAUAAAACCGCUGCUGUCCAUUUUAAUGACUGUCCUCCCCCACAACCAGGAGCUGGACGCUGUCAGAUGAAUUUAAUGGUCCUUCCUACAUGCUUACUACUCCUCUGACUUCCUGUUUAUCAGAAUCAUCGUUUUUGGCCAAGUAUGUUAAAGACACACAAGGAAUUGUUGAUUGAUGUUUAAGUAAAAAGACGCUCAAAUUUAAUUGAUGGCGUAAAUAUCAAUUCUUUUAUCUAUAGAAUAAUGCGAUUAAUCUCAUUUGCUUGUUUUUUUUAAAACAAAUUUCAGGUUAAAGCUUGCUACAAAUUUGCUCAAGUCAAAUCAACACAAAUAAUUUACAUCAAAAAUAUUCAUUUUAACUAGGGCUGUCAAACGAUUACAAUUUUUAAUGGAAUUAUUCACAGUUUAAAAAUCAAUUGUAAUUAAUCGUAAUUCAAAUCAUCCUUAAAAUAUGCCACCAAGGCAAAGAUAGUCUGAGUAAGUUUUAUGUGUAUUUUGAAUAGCUAUUUUGAUUGGGAAUGCCAGUUCUCUUUGCAUUUAGCACUUUUCUUUUCGUGAACAUUUUUUUUUACAAAGAUAGGAAUAUUAUUUUUGUUGUGCUCUAUCUAAAUGAUACUGUAGCGACUUAACUGUUCCGCCCAAAUGCAUGAUGGGAAGUUGUGCAACCAUGACUGUCAGUGGUGGCUGCAAAUGGUAUACAGUAUGUUCUGCGUUGUGUUCAAUUAACCGUGUUAAGAAAAAGAUCGUCUCCUGCUUCGUCCAAAUGCAUGCUGGGAAGUUGGGCAACCAUGACUGGCAGUAGUGGCUGCAAAUGGUAUACAAUAUGUUCUGCGUUGUGUUCAAUUAAGAGUGUUAAAAAAGAACAUCGUCUGAUCGUCAAUGAACUCCUGUGUCCACUUGCAUUCCUCUGCCUUUUCAGUCCGAAUGCGCUAAAAUGGCAUCAUUGUAAACUGUUUGAGGCAGCGCAUGCACGGGUCAUUCCGUGCAUGCGUUAAUUGCGUCAAAUAUUUUAACGUGAUUAAUUUAAAAAAAUUUGUUAUCGCCCGUUAACGCGAUAAAUUUGACAGCCCUAAUUUUAGCGCAUCACACAAUUUAGAUUAAUCUCUAAUUUGUCAUAUUUAUUUAAUCCAACAUCAUUUCAGUGACAUUGAGCGGGAUGGAUGUGAUGACUGCUUCUACCAUUAGUCUCAUAUAAUUGUGAUUAAGAACAGACUAAUAUGAUUAAUAGUGUUUUCAACUUUUUUUGAUAACAGAUUUAAUAAAAAAAAUAGAUCACAAAGAUUUUUUCUUAACAGAUCCCACAAUAUAGAUUAAUCUGUAAUUUAGCACCAUCAUUUUUUGUGUGUUCUAACUUGAUCAAAUGAAUGAUUGGCAGUGAAUAACAGGUUUCAGUGCCAUUAACAAUCAUGGACUCAUUGGCUGCUUGCUUCUGCCAAUAAUCUCAUUUAAUCGCAAUUAAUCUAGCAAUGCUUCAAUAUAAAUGUAUAUAUAC